CACUCGGUGUGGAAACAACCGAGCUAAGUUGGGACGAGUGUUUUGAGCGACUGUACGUCCGUUUAAAUGAAUGUUUCUCCUGCGGAACCACAAAUACGAUCUUGGUGCUGCCUUUGUUUUGCUCUUAUCUCCCGAUGUAUAAACGAUUCUGUCUGUUUUUGACAAAUAGAUCAGGUGUUAAAGUGUGCUCGCCGUUCAGAGUUAAUGUGGAUUAAACUGAAAUAAGAGACGUGUACUGACGUCUUCUGAAGUCGGCAGCAGCUAUUGUCUCGCUGCUAAUGCUACAGCACAACUUUGACUAAACACUCAAGAAAGCACCACAAAGCUUGUCGAAAUAAAAGCAAACGUUAUGUGAUUUAAUGUUUUCACCUAUGUCCCGAUGACAGCGACUCUGAUGAACGAAUAUGUCGUUAAGACGAGAUCGAGGCGACUGCUAAUGUGGCUAAUGCUAAGCUAACUCGUCACGACGCUGUGGGCACCGCGGCUCUUGAAACGUCGGAUAUUAAGUUCCAGUUUUGGUUUCAUUUAUGACAAAUCUCCAUUCUAGUCCAAAUAAAAACACAUUGUAAUAAGCAACAGGCGGUGACGCGCUUGUUUUAGUAAAACAACACGAAAGAUGGAGGCUAACAACAUGCUCAAGUUUUACCGGGUGUUUUGGUUGCAGUGUGUCAUUUCACCUUCAGUGUUUGUUUAAUGACACUGGUUUUGAUGUACAACACGACCGCCAUUUCCAUUGACUGUGAAAUGGCUAUUUUGUUUACAUUUAGACCCAGAGGUUCUGUCUUCAUUGCAUCUCCAUUUGCCACAACAGUGUUGGGUUUUCUGAUCUAAAAUCUCGGUGUUUGAAUGGAAGCUUGAAUGACCAAGGUCCACCUUUCAAUGUCACGGAGUGAUGAUGUAAAAAAAACCUUCCUCUUCAUUUGAAGCUUUCAGUUUAUUUUCAGUUCAACUCCCACUUUGAACCAGACUUUUGAAAGCAGCUUUUCCAGGCACAACAAAGCCGGUGAUGUUUUUAAAGAUCUAAAUCUGUGUGUGGUGAAGCUGCUUUCCCACUCAAAUCACACGGCUGACAAUGGACGUUUUUCUUAUGAUCCGACGUCACAAGACGACCAUCUUCACCGACGCCAAAGAGUCGUCUACAGUCUAUGAGCUGAAGCGAAUCGUGGAGGGAAUUUUGAAGAGGCCGCCUGAAGAUCAGAGGCUGUACAAGGAUGACAUGCUGCUGAACGACAGUCAGACUCUUGGGAACUGCGGCUUCACAAACCAGACGGCCCGACCUCAGGCGCCGGCCACCGUGGGGUUAGCUUUCCGUCUGCGAGAUGAUUCAUUUGAGCAGCUGAAGAUCGAGUCCUUCUCCACCCCCCCAGAGCUACCGGACGUCAUGAAGCCGCAGGACUCGGGCAGCACAGCCAAUGAGCAAGCUGUCCAGUGAGGGAGUGGCCGGAGGGAUGACCCGGGUGGGGAGGGAGGUGGGUGGUCCGGGGAGUGAAUAUUUGCCUCAUUGGUUGAGUUUUACCUGGCAGAGGUCAGAUCUUCAGCGCGUGUGUGACUGUGUGUGCGUGUGCGUGUGCGUGUGCGCGUGCGUGAGAGGUCGGGCGCCUCAUUUGUCCAGAACGCAUGCUAGAAUAAUGUCAGGGCCCUGACAGCCCGGCAGACAUCCACCGAUGAACUGUGGGAGAAAAAAACGUACCUCGUAUUUAAUUUAGUCUUCAUACGGGGGUGAGGUCAGAGCUGCGUCGCCACCUGUGCUCAGUUGGUCACGUGGCUGGCUCAAGUGUUGGAGUGGACUCUGUUUUUAGGCUUCUUGUUUGUGUCUUGAACUAUUAGUUUGUUUGAAAACGAAAGGGGCCAGCUCUCGGUAGAAGGUCUGGCUCGAGGUUGAGACGGCCGCUGGUGUGACUGAGCUCCAAAUGGACCUGCUGUUUGAAUCAGAACAAAUUAAAGUCCUUUUUAAGUCGUGAUUGUAGCAUGCGGCCCCGAGGGCUGUCGACUCGGGGAGAAGAAACAUUAAUUUAACUCUGUACCUUCCUUCUAAAUCUUCAAAAGAGAAUGUGUCCACAUAUUUAAAGCGUUUUGUGACUGAGAAUUAUUCAUCCUGCAGUCGAUGUUCGGGGCUGAUGAGUCCUGUGAAAAUGAAUCAACUGUGCAUUGAUUUAAGAUUAAAAAAGGUGUUUUGCA